GUCGCUUCACUCUGGAUUCGUCUAUUUGGCCCAUCAGAAUCACGGUCUACUGUAAUACAAACAGCUCCAGAAGCAGUAAGCGCUAGCGGCUGUGAACGGAAAGGAUGCACACAGCAAAGCGGAGCCUGUAGCGGUAUGAUGAUGUCAUUUAUUUUUUCUUAGACAUACACCCGUGACUGUGGAUGACGCUAAUUAGGGGUUUCACCGUCCUUGUCGUCAUGCAAUGCCGAGCCUUGCGGGUGCUGCGAGAGGCUCCAUUCGGUCUCUUGGAACGGUCCACAUUGACAAGAUUCCACGCUCGCUCCUCAAUUAGCCAACUAUACGUCAACAGCGCCAACCCCCUUCGUCAUCGCUACAUCAUCGAUUUAUCGUAUAUAAAGCCCCAUCGACGUACUUUUUCUUAUCUUCUUAACUACAACACACAAUCAAUGUCUUACGAUCAAGGAAACCAAGGUUCACGUCGGAACUUUAACGACGACUCAAACUAUGACCCCACUGGCGAUGAUCAACGCACCGUCCCAGGGGGAGACUCCACACUUUCAGAAUCAUACGGAGGCAGCGGGACUGGCCAAGCUGGUGGAUACACAGGAAAUGAAAGCCGCGUCGGUCGACAAGGUCAGCAGAGCUCAGAUAGAGAUGACGAAUACUGCGACACAGACCCUGGAAUGGCUGGUAAUCGCGGCGGUCAGGACGUUCAGGGCGGUCAGGACAUGAGUAUCCCUGGAGUUGGCCAAAUUCCCGACAGUGCCUAUGGUCAGAGUGGCGGCGGUGAUGGCCGUAGCCGCGGGUAUGAGCGCGACAAUGAUGAAUAUGAUGACUCUGGCAUUGGCAGUGGUCAGGGCGCUGGCGCUGGUACCGGUCGCGGUCCAACGAGCAAGUUGUCUUCCAUGACCUCCAAAUUGAGGGGCGGAGCGGAGAAGAUGGCUGGCAAACUUACGAAAGACCCCGAACUCGAGGCUAAGGGCGAACAGCGCUCGAGCGGCUUCUAGGUUAACCCAGAUGGAAUUGUACCUAUAUCUGUAUCAUAAACGUGCUUACUGAGUUCCAUAUUAUAUCUCACGUGGGUAGUGAAAUGACUGCAAACAAUCUUUCUUGAGAUACAUCCUGCCUAAAUAUUAGGCUGUAUUAUAAUCUGUAUCCUCUCCCCAAUCGGACUCCAUUGUACCACACAAUAAAUCUUCCUCUGGGACAAUCGAUCGAGGCACUUGGGGCCGCGCG